AUGCUGCAGUCUUAUUCUCAGCAGCGGCCGAGUGCCAUGGGCCAACCACCAUCGCAGACAAGGUCGCCCGUCCGAGAGUGGCAGCCCACGGGCUCAGGUUCUCUGGCGCGGCGGCUCCGCGGCUCCGAGCUCCUGGUCAACUACUCGGAGCGCUUCAACGACGGCAAUUUCGAGUUGACCCUCUCGGCGUCUCUGCAAACGUCGUUGACGGGCACGCAGCUCAGAAACCGAUGCCGAGCCGCCUGGUGGCAGACGCGCAAACGCCGUCCCGUGGUUGGCAUCCAAGUCGGGCUCGGCCAGGCCGUGUUCGAGCCCAUCGUCGAGGCAUGUGACGCUGAGCGCUGGGCGACGCGGACCUGCACCGUGGCCGCCGACGCCAGCGUCGAGGCCGUCGCCCUCGAUCGCGCGCGGCGGCCGCUGUCGGCGACGUCGAUGACGCUCGUGCUGACGGAUCCGUCGCGGGGCCGGGCAGGAUGCGUGCUCAACAUGUCGCACGUCCUCAUCAACCACGAGGGCUACGCCAUCAUUGCCGACUUCCUCGCGCUGCUGGCGCACCCCCCGUGCGAGCGUGGCAUCGCGGCCAGCUUCGAGGCGGAAGCCGUGGCCGCGACGCUGCCCAAGCUGCCGCAGAGUCUCAGCCAGGCCUACGGCCAGCUGGUGCCCGCGCCCACGGCCGAGGAGCUCCAGCACGCCAUGGCCGUCUUUGAAGGCGCCCAGCAGCGUUGGGCGCGCCCCUCGGUUGGCAUCCCCCUGCACCCCGACGCGGCCAGCCGCAGGAGCCGCGUCCACAACCGGCUCGUCACCUUUGAGCCCUCGCUCAGCCGCGCGGCCUUGCAGGCCUCGAGGCGCAUGGGCGUCAGCAUCACGGCGGCCUUCUUCGCCUGCAUCACGCUGGCCAUGGCGCGGCGGUACGGCACGGGCCGAGAGCAGGGCGCGCACCUGCUGUUCAGCGCAAACGCCGAGCGCUGGCUCGACGCGCGCCGUCGGAGCGGCCUGCAGCCAGUCACCAUGACCAUUGUGCCCGGCGGCCUGUGGCUUGACGCUACAGCGCUCCGCGUCGGGCCUGCCGCUGACGAGCCCGCGGGGGCCCUCGCCCGGCUGGCUAGCGCCAUCGACAGCGCCCAGAGGGAGGAUCUCGCGUCGCCCCACAUCAUCGCCGUCUACGAUCAACUGGCUCCGGCCAUGGCCGACGCCGUGGCCGACUCCUACAGGCUGGCCCUCCCCACCCUCCCACCCGUCGGUCGUCCGACCCUCACGUCCCAGGGGCGCUUUGACGGCUGCCUGCCCGCCGUCGGCGCCGCUGCCAGGGACGAGGUGCGAAUGACGGAUUUUAGAACCGGUGGCCGCAACACGGAUCCCAACGUGUGCUUCGCCCUGUACAGCUUCCGCGAUAAGCUGAGGUGCAACCUGCUCUUUGACGAGCGCUUCUUCGACCCCGAUGAGGUUGCGCAGCUGGCGUCGGCCGUCACCGACCUGUUCCGCAUCAUGUCACUGUCGUGCACCAAACACGACGUCGUCUCGGCCAGGGUCUGA